AGAACCCCAAAAUUGGAGGAGUUCCACAUUCUUGUGGGGAGCUUGCUUACCCUGCGUUUUAUCUAACAGGAGCUUCCGGGCCUUGCUCCGCGAAUAGCCGAUGCUAUGGCUUGCUUUGACCCUCGAGGCCACGUGCGUUUCCACAGGUGUGGAGAACCCGGGACGCCAAAAGGUCAAUCAAUCAAUCGAUCAAUCAAUCAAUCAUGGGAGGAGCUUCACAUUCUCUGAGUGGCACGUAGCCACGCCAGUCCACAAGGUUCGUUCGAACUGCCAGAUGCGUCCAGCACUCCGCAUUUCCACAGCAUCUUGGAGAACUGCCCUUUCGUCCCAACAUACACACACUUUUCAUCCCAACAAUGGAGAACCUAGCCGAGCCUAUGUUCUUAAGACAUCACACACCAGGCAAGAUCAUCAGCCACCCUUAUACAAACGCACAGAAGAGUUGCCUCAAUGUCUAUCCUCCCACCAUCCAUCAUGUCACCGAAUGCCCACCACCGCAGCCAGAGUGACAGCACCAUUCACCACUUUGCCGAUAAUAGAGACGACGAGACGUUCAUCGGCGGAUCACACGACGCCCUCGCUCCAGUUGGCAUAUCGUUCCGUGGCCAGGAUGGUAGCUUAUACCUGGGCAAUGUGUCGAUCGAACAGAACACGCUAGUACGACAGUACCUCCGCCGCACAUUUGGGGUCGUGAACUUCUACUUUUGCGAGCCGUGGGUUGUAUUGGGUUGCAGUACCUAAAGGCCGGCUGCCACCAUCAGUUGGUGGCUUAAUUGGUAUAUGGCGAACAACCGAUGAUAUGGACUUUAUGCCUAUUAUCGGCGAGGAUGGACGGAUUGAUGACGAGAUCGAACUAGAGCCGUCCAUGCUGGAUGUAUUCGAGCUUGGUCUGACCCCAGCCGA